GGUGGUGCGUGCUUAUUUGCUGUCUGCGCUUCUAUGGCAGCGUAAUAUAUUAUCCAUCCCCACGCGUGUUACCACAACUGAUCUGGACAUUUUUUGCACAUUGGAUUACUAAUGUGUCAAUGGCCGGGAGCUUCGUAAGUGCUGUUUAAAGAGUAGUUUGGAAAUGAUUUGUCAUUGAGACGCGCGUCAAAUUGUUUCCCAUUCAGACACGUCCCUCCGUCUUCCCGCAUCCAGUGUGCGCGCUCGGUGUCUAGUAUUACAGAUGCAGCUGGAUGCAUUUUUGUGCGUUCAUAUUUUUGACGACCUAUUUUCCUGCCUGCGUCUCCUCUCAGAUGAUACCGACUGUCAUUUGUUCCGUUAAGGUGGUCGAUCACAAUGGAUAGGGUGCAUUCUUCCAUGCGCAAACGGCUCUAUAGCUUGCCACAUCAGUUUGGACACAAGGGUGCUAUGACUCGAGACGGCGAAGACAGCGACAAGGACACGCGGAGGAAAAGUGUCAAGAUGAAGCAUCUUCCCUCACCCUCCUCCACGGGGAGCUCUAAAGGUGUCAGCGAGGCCAAGAGCGGAGACGCGGAGACCGAUGUAGGGAGACCCUUCAGAACCAACGUGAACGGCGACUGCCGGAGAUUCAGAGGCAGCCUCUCUUCCAUCACCAGUCGGCAUGCUCCAGACGCGGAUCUGGCCGAGCAGAGGUGCCUCAUCGGGGAUGCAAGCCCCGAGGACGACGGUCCCUUGGAGCAACCCGGACCUGGAGAGAGCCAGGGCGCGCAGGGCGGCCGCGGCGACGGGGCACAACAGGCGCCCUCUGAAGAACAGUCGACUUUCGUAAAGUUGGAAGGUAUCGAUCAAAUCAUGCCUGACGAUGAGCAGCUGUACCAGGCGGGCUUUAUGCACAGGCAGUUUGGCGCGAUGCUUCAACCGGGGGUCAACAAGUUCUCGCUUCGAAUGUUCGGGAGCGAGAAGGCGGUGGAGCGCGAGCAGGAACGGGUCAAAUCUGCAGGCUUUUGGAUCAUUCACCCAUACAGUGACUUCAGGUUCUACUGGGACCUGAUCAUGCUCCUGUUGAUGGUGGGCAACCUGAUCAUCAUCCCCGUCGGCAUCACCUUCUUUAAAGAUGAACACACCCCCGCCUGGAUAGUCUUUAACGUGGUCUCUGACACAUUCUUCCUGGUUGACCUGGUGCUGAACUUCCGCACGGGGAUCGUCAAAGAAGACAGCACAGAAAUCAUCCUGGACCCUCAGCAGAUCAAGGUGAAGUAUCUUCGGAGCUGGUUCGCUGUAGAUUUCAUCUCCUCCAUCCCUGUGGAUUACAUCUUCCUCAUUGUGGAGACACGCAUCGACUCGGACUUCUACAAGACGGCACGAGCUUUGAGGAUUGUGCGUUUCACUAAAAUACUCAGUCUGCUUCGGCUGUUGAGAUUGUCCAGACUCAUUAGAUACAUCCACCAAUGGGAGGAGAUUUUUCACAUGACCUAUGACCUGGCUAGUGCCAUGGUGCGCAUUGUGAAUCUCAUUGGAAUGAUGUUGUUGCUGUGCCACUGGGACGGAUGCUUGCAGUUCCUGGUGCCCAUGCUGCAGGAUUUCCCUUCAGACUGCUGGGUGGCCAAAAACAAAAUGGUGAAUGACACAUGGGGUCAGCAGUACUCUUACGCCCUGUUUAAGGCCAUGAGCCACAUGCUGUGUAUCGGGUAUGGCAUGUACCCUCCUGUGGGCAUGACGGAUGUGUGGCUGACCAUCCUCAGCAUGAUCGUGGGUGCAACCUGCUAUGCCAUGUUUGUGGGCCACGCCACCGCCCUCAUUCAAUCACUGGACUCCUCACGCAGGCAGUACCAGGAGAAGUACAAGCAGGUGGAGCAGUACAUGUCGUUCCACAAACUUCCUGCAGACAUGCGGCAGAGGAUUCAUGAUUACUAUGAGCAUCGCUAUCAGGGGAAGAUGUUCGAUGAGGAGAGCAUUCUGGGAGAACUGAACGAACCACUCAGAGAGGAAAUCAUCAGUUUUAACUGCCGAAAGCUUGUGGCUUCCAUGCCGUUGUUCGCCAACGCAGAUCCCAACUUUGUGACCUCCAUGCUCACCAAGUUACGUUUCGAGGUGUUCCAGCCAAGAGAUUACAUUAUCAAAGAGGGGACCGUUGGCAAGAAGAUGUAUUUCAUCCAACACGGUGUACUAACUGUUCUGACAAAGGGCAGCAAAGAGACAAAGAUCUCGGAUGGGUCUUACUUUGGAGAGAUCUGUUUGCUGACUCGAGGCAGAAGAACAGCCAGCGUAAGAGCAGACACAUACUGUCGUCUGUACUCCCUCUCUGUGGACCAUUUCAAUGAGGUGUUGGAGGAGUACCCCAUGAUGCGACGCGCCUUUGAGACCGUAGCCCUCGAUCGGCUUGACCGCAUAGGAAAACAGAACUCUGUACUCCAGCACAAGGUCCAACGGGAUCUCAAUUCCGGAGUUCUGAACUACCAAGAAAAUGAGAUCAUCCAGCAGAUUGUACAGCAUGACAGGGACAUGGCCCAUUGUGCCCACCUCAUGCAGACACCUCCUCCAGCUCCUCACCCAGCAGUGACUCCAUCUUCCCACACCCCCGUCAUCUGGGCACCUCUUAUUCAGGCUCCUCUACAAGCUGCCGCAGCCACCACUUCAGUCGCCAUUGCCCUAACUCGCCACCCCCAUUUGACCCAUACCCUCUUCCGACCCCCUGUCCCGCUGCUUGGCUCUCUGAAAGACCAACCAGGGUAUGUAAAAAGGUUCCCAACUGCACUUUCGAGUGCUGCUGCAUUUGGUGGCUCCUCCUCAACCAGCUCGCAGUUCAGCUCUUGUAUGGAGACCCCAAUUCUGGACACACUCAGGACCGAGAGAUCAUCUACCUCCACACCUCCACCACCGUCCUCCAGCUCUCUGCCAUCCACCAUCACAACAACAGUUACCACCACCACCUCCAACAUCACAGAGUCUUCCUUCUACCCCUAUAGACCCCUUGCUUCCCACGGGUCCAAAGACUUCAGUAUUGCCCAACUUCAUUCCCAACCACAACUUCCUCAGGUGUCUUUCCCUGGCAUUGCUGCAACACUUCCUGGGUUCUUCCAGCAAGGAGCAAUUGGAGGAGAGGCUGUCCAGCUUGCAGUUCCCCCUUCGUCCACCCUUACUCCUUUGAUAGCGCAUUCAGUAAGUCCAAUCCUGACCCAACUGCAUUCAGCUCAGCCAACUCCUCAACAAACAAAACCAAUUCAAGAUUUGAAUAAAGUUGUAAGGACAGCCUCUCAGUCUCCUAUAACAGAGUCCCCUGUCCGCCCCAGGAGCAUUAUUGAACAAGUCCUGAGUCCAAAAAGUUUCCCGUCCCAACACGCUCAGAUUGGUCUACAGACGGAUGUACUUUCCCAGCUUUCCCAAGAACCAUCUGCUCUUGCUUCCCUUGCACAAUAUGGGUCCGGAAAUGUGUCCCCAUGUAGCACACCUUCAGCCUGGAGCCCAACAUGUCAGAGUCCUACAGUGGAAAAGAUGAGAAUGUCCAUACACAGCCACCCUGCUAGCAUCUCUGGGUCCCAAAGCUCACUCCUAACCUCCCAGACACUCUUCCCACCGCCCCCUCAACCAAGAGAAAGGGGCGGCUCUCUAGUUGACCUACCUACCCAAGACUUAAGCACCAUUUCCAUGUCUCUCCCCAGCCCAGGACUACCUGAAAUGUCCAAGCCGCUUGGAAGAGGUCCUCAACCACCAGACUUAUCCCAUCACAGGGGAUCUGCUUCAGGUUACUCGCCGCUCCCGUCACCCCCUCCCCUUAUGAAACCAUUUAGCUCAAUACCUGGUCACGUUGUCCUAUCAAGACAAACUUCCAAGUUGUCCAUAACGCAGACUGGGUCAUCAGGUGGGUCACCAGCCCAUGGAUCUAGUGGCAGGUCCACCCCUGGGACUCCAAACUUGCACCCCAAACUCCCAUCAAACUUGUGA